AUGGGCACGCGUGAGCCGCACGUGCUGGUGGACACCACGCCCGCCAAGACCAUCCUGGUGUACCGCAACGGGGACGCGUUCUUCGCGGGCCGGAGGUUCGUGCUGCCGCGGCGCCGCGUGGCCACCUUCGAGGCGCUGCUGGACCAGCUGACCGAGCAGGUGGAGGCGCCCUGCGGCGUGCGGCGCCUGUUCACGCCGACGCGCGGGCACCCGGUGCUCGAGCUGCAGGCGCUGCAGGCGGGCGGCAAGUACGUGGCGGCCGGCCGCGAGCCCUUCAAGAAGCUCGAUUAUAUUCAUAUAGCUCCCAGAAAACCUGCAAAGAUGAGAAGGUUGAAGGAAAUCAAACCAGUGGUACAUUAUGAUAUGAAUGUGCCUUCCAGGUGGCAAACAUUUCACCGUACCUCCCGGCACGUUAAUGUUUUCACAAAUGGAAGACUAUUUAUCCCACCUGUAAAAAUUAUCAUACCCAAAUUCAGUCUGAUGGAAUGGAAUAGUGUGCUGGCCAUGAUUGGGGAGAAAGUCUUCCCUCUAGGAGGCGUGCGAAAAUUAUUUACCAUGAAUGGGCAUCUCUUGGACAACUCAAAGGAUCUGCAAGACAACCACUUCUAUGUUGCCGCCGGACUGGAGACCUUCAAAUAUUUCCCUUACUGGAAAUCCUCCAAGGUGCCCAGUGAGGUCCAACAAAAGUAUGCAGACAUCGAGAAAUACUCACGAAGAAAGAAAAAAGAGGAUUCCAAAGGAAAAGAACCUCAUAAAUACGACAACAUUCCCCAGAAGGAACAGGAUUCUGUUUUUUAUGCCAAAGAGGGAAAGAAGAAAACACUAGAAGAACCUUUAAUGCAAAGCAGCGCAGAAGGUGACGUGUAUAAAGCCCAGACUCCUCCCACAGAAGCCCAAGGAGCCUCGGAAGUCAAAGAGGACAAGGAAGUGCAGGUGGAGGUGCCUGUGGACCAGACACCAGCGGAGAUAGUUAAGGAAGACGAAGAGAUACAUAAUAGCCCCCCUGAUUUUGAAAGCAACAAGGAAGACAAUUCACGAAUGUCUUUUAAGAAAAGUGUUCCCUUAAGACACAACACGAAGAAAAAAGGUGGCCAAGUUAUCUCUGGGCUCUGCUCCAUGGAUCUGUGCUUCAGUGACAGGCUUCAAGGUCUCCGGGCACUUUUUCACUCAAGUACGGGCCACAGGGCUGUUGGAAUUAAUCAGCCAAUCUGA